AUGGAUAAAUUUGAAUAUCGUGCGGUCAUAAAAUUUUUCGUUUUGGAUGGGUUAACCCCUAAGGAAAUUCAUUCGAAGUUAACAAAAGUUUACGGGAACUCUGCUCCUUCAAUUUCAACCGUUAAAAAGUGGGCAGCUGAAUUUAAAUAUGGUCGCACGUCGCUCGAAGAUAACCCACGUGAAGGACGGCCAAAAACUGCAACCACACCGGAAACUAUCGAAAAGGUGCACAAUAUCGUGUUGGAUGAUAGGCGAGUAAAGUUGUGUGAGAUAGCUGAGGCCGUGGGUAUAUCGGAAGAAAGGGUGCGAAACAUCUUGCACAAAGAAUUAGGUAUGCGAAAGCUCUGCGCAAGAUGGGUGCCGCAUUUGCUGAAUGCGGAUCAAAAGCAUAUGCGCAAACGACAUUAG